AUGGAGUCCGUUCUACCGCUCGGUGGCUUCCAGCUGCCAUUCCGGCAACGCCUCAGCCGCCUGUAUAAUGACACCAAGAAAUCAACAGACUUUGUCAAGGGCCCCGUCCAGAAUGAGCAGGAUCCAGAGGUCAAAGCCCUGCACCGCAAACUGCGUAUCCAAAAGGAUAGGCUAGUCAGCUGGGGGGUGGAAUGGUCUGAUCCCAAUCAAUCUGCUGAAAUUGAUGAGUCCCUCUCCAAGGCCGGCCUGAGUGAGGUCGUCGGUAGCAUCAUGUCUACCAUCAAGGACAUCUUGGCCGAGGCAGAGCCUCUCUGGCUCAGCACCAAGCCUAUGCCUGAUGCAAACCGCUCACCCACUGACCGAAAAAUGAGUCCGGCCAAUUGGGACAAGUCUCACUUUGAGGAUCUAAUUCGCGACCUAACCUCAUCCAUUGACACACUCUAUGACCUCUCACGAACGCGGUACAUGGGUGCCGUCUCAAAUUGUCCUGUCAAACAACCCGAGAAAAUGUCCUCAGCAGUUGACGAACCCAGGCCUUUUGAAUCUACCAGGAUGCAGACUCCUCAAACUGUGCGUCCCGAUUCGCUGACCCACCUACGCCCCAAGCAAGAUGCUUCUAAUGGUCAUCCGUCCCGAGAGGUUGUUUUCAUGAGUAAGACUGCCUAUGCGGAACUCACUAAGGGCACUUCAAAGGAACCCUGGGCACCCUUGCUACUUGAGUAUGCCACAUUCAACUGGGUGUAUUCGCUCACGGGUAUCAUGCCUCCUAUGUCACGAUUUGAGAAGCUCUCAGACUGUCUGCAGCAAGAUUCUCAGAGGUCUCCUGGUGCCUGGAUAGGCUUGCCCCGUCUUAUCGGCUACUUUGAAGAUAUGGAAAAUUCGAGACUUGGCCUAUUGUAUCGCUUCCCCCCGUCAUUCAACGCCGUGUCUUUUGAGAGCAUCAAUCAGAAACCUCGAUACAGUCUACCCACACUCGCCAACCUUCUCGCGAACCCUGGGGCAGAGCCUAAUCUUGAGGCCAAGUUCCGACUUGCUCAUAAUCUUGCAAACACCGUAUUCGAUAUGCACGAGCGUGGAUUUGCCCAUGGGGACCUCACCACCAGUGUUAUUUGCUUCAGCGUUGGCGCCAACUCGGGGCCUACUAUAACCAGCGGUGACGUCGAUGUCCGCCGUCCUCUUGUGUCUUCAUUCCAUCUCUUCGCCGAGGAUGGGACAGAUACCAACCCUUCGAAUUCUACAGAUUACAGGUCCCACGAGGACUCGUAUUCUAUCGACGAACGCAUCCUGGACCUUAUACAGCUGUCUCAUAUCCUGAUCUCUGUUGGACUGUGGCAGCCGCUUGAGAGUUUAUCGGAGGGUGGUUCUAUCGAGCGUCAUUUCGACCAGCUUUCCCGUAAAUGCGGCACACUCUACAUGAAGGCCGUCCACACGUGCUUCUCAGCUGUGGAAAAUGAGCGUAAUGGUGAACUCCAGACUAGAAGUCUAUUGUCUGCUGUGCAGAUGAGAGUCAGUCGAUUCCUGGAAACUUGUUGCAUCCUCGAUGUUGGCAGCGGUCUCGAAGACCAGCUUUCAUUGGAGUUGAGAGAUACAGCAACGACUACAGCUGCGGUAUCUGAAAAGGCCCCAGUAACAGCCACAGCCGCAUCUUCAGUUGUGCCAAAGGAGCUGAGCGACGUCAAAAUAUCACCCGGAAUCCCGAAAGAGCCUCAACAGACUCUACCUUCCCGCGUCAAGUCGUCUGAAGUGGAAGCCGAUGAUACGCUUGGGAAGCCCGAGGCGAGAACCAAGCUGUAUCCUAACAUUCCACUCCCGCCCGAUGUAGUGGAACAGUGGAACACGAUAUUGAUGCCGCAGAUCAACCAGGCCCUUCAACAGUUCUAUCGCAAGAACCCAGAGUCUGUUGAAAUAUCGCUCGAAUCCGUCGGGCCAUCUCCGUUAAACACGCGUCCCACUAUCGUCGUGGUAUGCUCUUCCGUGAGCAAGGUGCGCGCUAUUCUCAGGAAAAGACUUGGGGAGCUUUUCGAUGACUCUACUGGUUUUGCCCUCAAGGUCUGUAAGGGGCACGUUAUGCGAUCCAGACGCUGGCUAAAAGAUGCUGUACCAUCCAUGGCCAGAAGGAGCAACGUGGGGAGUCUCCAGGGCAAGGAUGUGGAUAUUGAUCGCUUUGUCAAUGCGAUCAACCCCGGCUUCCAGAAAAAGCCUGGAAAUGGCGCCAGCAUCGGCGCCUGGACCGGACAUCAGCACCUGCCGCCAGUCAGCUUCGGAGGGCUUAUUCAGAUCGAUGACGCGCUAUACGGAAUGACGGUUCACCAUAUUCUUGAUGACCCUGACCAUGAUUUUGGGGACCGGGAUGUGUCCCGGAGCAGCGCCCUUCCCGUGCGCGAUUUUUCUCCAGUAGCGCCUAUAUCAGAUGAUGAUGGGGAAGGAUUUGGCUACGAGCUCUCCGACGCGGAGUCUGAACCCUAUUCCGAAUCCGACAUUUCCAGUGACUGGGGCGAAGAGGAUGAGGAAGAUGAAGAAGAGUCUGAGCCUGGCGAUAUUCCGGGGAUCGAACCAGGGUAUGGAGAUCGCUACGACGUCACGCAGCCUGCUCUCGACGAUGUGGAGGAGGAAUUCUACCCUUCAGCUGAGACUAAGGACGAAGAUCAUCUGGAUACCUAUGCUGUUGGUAAGGUGUACGCCUCAAGUGGAAUCCGUCGCAAGGUCUCUGGUGGCUUGACGCACGAGGUAGACUGGGCACUUUUUAAGUUUUCCCACGAUCGCCUCCCCGAGGAUAACACCAUACCUCAUGCUCAAUGGACGCCAGGAGCGAAUUUAUCGAGCCCUGAGGCUAAGGAGCGUCUACUUCGACCAAGCACAGUGGCGGGAUUCUCCGAACUUGCAGGUAAGCAGGUUCAGUGCACAGCGCGUACCAGCGGGUUGCAAACGGGCCAGAUCCUCCCUGCUCUGGUGAGCGUUAAGAUUUACGGUCGCACCUCGCCGAGCCACACCUAUCAGGUGACUGGUACUGCGUCGUCGACCGGCAGUAGCCGUCUCCCUAUUGGAAUUCCCGGCGACAGCGGAGCCUGGAUUGUCGACAGCAAGAAUGGACAGCUCUGUGGCCAUGUGCUUGCGUGGAGUCACAGGAAACAGGUCGCCUACAUCUGCCCAAUGGAGGUGUUGCUCAAAGAUAUGUUGCAGACACUAAAGGCAAAGGAGAUCCGGCUCCCGCACGGGGAAGUUCUCAUGAACUUGCACGACGAGACAAGCAUCGGGAUAAACCUGAAGAAGGAGUCCCUGCCGGGGCUGGCCUGCGCCGACAAUAGUACUGCUGAUUCAAGUUAUGAUACCGAGGACAAAACCUAUGGUUCUUCAAUGAUGACGUCUAAUCGGAGCAUGGCUAGUCUGACGGGCAGCGAGGAAAUGUCAAGCCAAUCUUCAUUUAGGAUGGAGUCGCCGUCGAGUGGAAUGGAGGCCCUGUCCUGCACACUGGGUGAUUUGAAACUUGGUAGGCGGAUCGAUGUGGGUGGGUGA